AUGCCAUUCCUGUACAACAUACACACGCCGUCCAAGACUUUUGCGAUCCAGCACAAGGAGGAUGAAAAGCAUGCGGGCCUCAUCUCGCGGAUAGCGUCUAAAGCUGGCUUGAGCCGCAAGGAGGCUACAUCGCUACAGGAGGGGAAGGAGGGCUCGGGUUUGGUGUAUGAGUACGAAGGGUCGAGAUGGAGUCUCGAGGAUGAUGAUGAUCUGGAGAUCUUCCUCUCCCGCAAUCCUCCCUCUUCCACCUCAUCAGCGACAUUCCACCUCAACCCUCCGCAUGCCCACGCCCACUUCUCCGAGCCCGCCUCGCCGGCUAAGAGCAAGUCCACGGCCGCUUCGGCGCUCAAGGACAAGACCAAGUCGCCCGUCAAGGCCAAGAAGGCCUCUAAUGGCGAUGCGCCCAAGAGCAACGGCAACGGGACCUCGAACGGCGAUGGCAAAGAUCAGGACAACUCUGGCGUCAAGAUGAAGGACUAUGCCAGCGGGAAUGUCAAGCCCGCCGGGACGAGCGGAAGGGAGCUUGGAAAUGUUGCCGCACCGACCAAGAAGCCCACUGGUAUCGGAGGGCCAGGACGUUCAGAUCGUCAGGCCAGUGCCGGGGGGCACCACUUCCCUCAGGCAAGCCAUAGCGGGAAUAAGGCUCACUUCGCCCCGAGUGUGAGGAGCGCCAAGAGUCACAGGAGCAAGUGGGGGGAUGAUGAUGCGGAGCCGUUGUGGGAGACAAAGAAGAGGGAGUGGCUGGAGUUCCAAAACAAUGUUGGAGUGCGCACCGUACUUGGCUCGGUGGGCGGUGCGAAGAACGUUCGCAUGCUGCUCAAGCCUGGACACCGCGGCGUUUACAUCUCCCGCCCCUUCGCUAUCAAGCACAAUCUCGUCCCCAAGCAGUUCGCUAUGGGCACUGCUGGAUACACCGGUUUGAAGUCUAUUGGACUCGUCGCUAUCACCGUCGCCGGCAAGACACAGAAGCACCAGGCUAUGAUCAGCGAGGAAGAGCACUUUGAUGUCGUGCUCGGUAGAUCUUGGGUCGAGAAGAUGAACAUUAAGGUGGACCCGAUCGACCAGACCAUCCUCACAUACAUGGACAAUGGCGAAACCAUCCCUUGCGAUAUCGUCGUGCUCAAGGAUGACGCCGGAAACGUUAUCACCGUUACCUAA